UACAUAUCUUUAUGAACACUAGAGCGUCUCUCUGUAAGCUUUAAUGGCUCAAUGACUUGGCUUCUUGGCCUAACACAGUCGUGGUCCUGCUGACUGGCGAGAAGGAGGUGCGCACAAUGCUGGAGCAUGCACAGGAUUUGGGCAUGACGUCAUCCGGCGAGUAUGCCUUCCUCUACCCGGAGCUCUUCCAGGGCGAGGCUGCUGGGAACAUGUCGUGGUCCAAGGGCGUCGAUGACCCGCAGCGGCGCGCGCGGCUUCGGGAGGCGUUCGAGUCACUGAUGAUUAUCAGCCUGAAUCAGCCAGUGUCGGACGAGUACAUGCGCUUCUCCAACGAGGUGAAGCACCGCGCACGCACGCAGUAUCGAUUUCCUCACUACAUGGAACGAGUGGUAAACUACUUCACGGCCAGCUUUCACGAUGCCGUAGUCAUGCUCUGCAAGGCCAUAAACGAAACCGUGACCAUUGGCCUCAACCCUCACGACGGAGAAAACCUGGUGAACAAAAUGCGAAACGCGAGCAUAAACGGGGUCUCGGGCCGAGUAGUAAUUGACAUGAACGGAGAUCGAGUCGCCGACUAUGCUCUCCUGGACCAAGUGGACCCUUCAACGGGACAUUUCGAUGUUGUACUACAAUAUUUCGGAGCCAACCAAAGCUACCAAGCGGUGAAUGCCAUUCACUGGCCAGGGAAGGGUCCACCAGUGGAUGUCCCAUUUUGCGGCUUUGACGGCAAGGAUCCAAAGUGCUUCAAAACUGAGGACUUUCCCUUUUUUGAAACUGUGAUCAUAUCUGCAUUGGUGUUCCUGGUUAUCAUGCUCAUCUGCGCAUUUCUCAUUUAUCGAAAAAUGCAGCUGGAAAGUGCCAUCGCCAACAUGUCAUGGCGCAUCAAGUGGGAGCAGAUCACCUUCACGCGCAACCAGCGGAGCAGCUGGAUGAUGAGCCGGCUGUCCAUCACUAGCGCGAUGUCCACUAGGAUGGGAAAAGGCUGGGUGCACUGGGCUCCAGAUCAGCGAGACAGCGCCUUCCUGGAAGCGGCCACCAAAGCCAACGAGCAACAGUUCAUCCUGACGGGAUCCUUCAAGGGUAUUGUCGUAUCCGUCAAAAGGCUACCUCACCAGAAAAGGAUAGAACUAACAAGAAACGUCCUCAUUGAACUCAAACAGAUGCGAGAAACGCAGCACGAAAACAUAGCGAGGUUCGUGGGAGCCUGUGUGGACAUGCCCAACAUUGCCAUCAUCACAGAGUAUUGUCCAAAGGGAAGCUUGCAGGAUGUUCUGCACAAUGACUCCCUUCGACUGGAAUGGCUGUUCCGGUACUCCCUAAUAAACGACAUUGUCAAGGGCAUGAGCUACCUGCACAGCAGCGAGAUCGGCACGCACGGCCGACUUCGCAGCUCCAACUGCCUGGUAGACAGCCACUUCGUGCUCAAGCUCACCGACUUCGGGCUGCCCAGCUUUCGCAAGGACGAGACUUACAGCCCAUUCGUCCCCGAGGGAUCCCAGAAGUUUUUAUGGAAGGCUCCAGAACUACUUCGGCUCAAGCUGUGUCCGUCGCUAGGAACACAAAAAGGCGACGUCUACAGUUUUGGAAUUAUCCUCCAAGAAAUUAUUCUCCGAGAGGAUGCCUUUUAUCCGCACUGCGAUCGCAUGGAAAACUCAGAUAUGCUGAUGCGUGUGAUGUCACUGGAAGAUCCGCCGUUUCGACCCGUGGUCGAAAAGGACUCUUGCAUUCCCGAGCUUCACCAACUGAUGACGCGAUGCUGGGCUGAGGAACCCGACGAUCGGCCCAGCUUCAACCAGAUCAAGGUCCACAUGCGCGUCAUCAAUCGGGGCUACCAUGGAGAAGUGAAUAUCAUGGACAACAUAAUGGCUCGCAUGGAGCAGUACGCCAACGAGCUGGAGGUUCUGGUAGAACAGAGGACGGCUGCGUUUCUAGAAGAGAAACGGAAAUCCGAGGAGCUUCUCUACGAAGUGCUACCAAGGUCUGUUGCGGAGCAAUUGAAGCGCGGUAAAGCUGUGAUUCCUGAACUGUACGACAGCGUCACAAUUUACUUCAGCGACAUAGUUGGUUUCACGUCCAUGUGUUCAUCCAGUACUCCGAUUCAGGUUGUAGAUUUUCUCAACGAUUUGUACACCUGUUUUGACGCCGUCAUCAGCGACUUCGACGUUUACAAGGUAGAAACCAUAGGGGACGCUUACAUGGUUGUGUCUGGGCUUCCAGAUCGCAAUGGCCACAACCACGCCCGGGAAGUGGCCCGCAUGGCGCUCAGUCUGCUGCGUGCCAUACGAAAUUUUCGCAUCAGGCACAGGCCUGACGACACGCUCAAGCUGAGGAUCGGCAUCCACACUGGUCCUUGCUGCGCUGGAGUUGUGGGACAGAAAAUGCCCCGUUACUGCCUCUUUGGAGACACCGUCAACACUGCGUCCAGGAUGGAAUCGAACGGCGAAGCGCUCCGCAUUCACGUCAGCCCCGAUACCAGGGUGGUCCUUGAGAGGUUCGGAACAUUUCACUUGGAACCACGAGGGGGCAUUGAGAUAAAGGGCAAAGGCGUGAUGCACACUUACUGGCUUCUCGGCGAGCACUCCAAGGAUCUGCGAGCCAUCGACGGUGUCAAGAAGGUCAUGAUUUGAGGCUCGCCGUCAUCGCUGUGCCAACUGGUGCUAGUCCUAGUGAUCUCCAACUGUCUGGCUUGUGCGUCCAUAUUGGCAGAUUCAACCAAAGCCCGGUGUGAUACCGUUGCCUGCCAGCGAAGGACCUGAGACGCAGACAUACCGGGAAUAACCGAGUUAUACGCCAUUUGUGCGCUGUCUUACUGGCACGUCAGGCAUUGUUCUGUGCCAUGAGUGUGCUGAGUUAUGCGCGAAACGUAGCUGUGUUGAAAUCAAGCUGAGAUUUGUAGACUGCCAUUGAGCUGUACCACGACGGCUUCGCACCUGCUGUGACGCUUGAUGACUGACCGAGACUUGACGCUUGUGCAAGCAUCUACUGUCCUGCUUGUGUAUUGUCGCCGGAAAGAUGCAUAGACGCCCAGAAAAGUAUACGGGACACGCAUUCCUCGACAAAUGUAAACCCCUGCUGUCAAUUUAAUGAAUAAGACUAUGUAGGUCUCAAAAACUCUGAAACUCUGAACUCUGAAACUCUGAAUUCGAGAUUAUGGGCUCAGGCUUCGCAGGUAUCCAGCUUUUUCGCAAAUCCCGUGUCGCGUAAGCCUUUGUGGGCGACUGCACAUGCUAUGUUUUGUGUAGUAUAUGACGUCGUACGCGCAGAGCAUCCCCAAGGACAAGGAUACUGCACCUCUAGCUAGGUCAUGUUUGAAGACCACAGCUGAUUUCAAAAACCCAUUGGGCCGCAUGUUCCUCACAAACACCGCAUUAUUAUACCUGCGCGCAAUAACUUGCCGCACUGGUACUAUCAUAAAAGAAUUGUGAGGUAGACCUUUCAUUGCCGUUACUUACGGCCCUCAAAAUAUAUUCACACAAAUUGUUUAUUCUUCAACAACUGCCCGUGCGCAUAAUGCUCAUUUUUGCUUCGGCGAUGUACCACACUCAUGCGACUUCAGAAUCACCCGUGCGCUCAUGUGAGAAAGAAGUAAAAAUCUGGCAGCGCCAA